AUGGUCUUCGGUCGUCGCAAGAGAAGUGCCUCUGCCCAUCACCAGCCACUCUCCACACCCGCCGCGCAAUCCGCCCAGUCCGCCGCCAGCCAUGCUUUCCUAAAAUCCCAACCCUCCACAGCCAGCUUGUCCUCCGCCGCGGCGGCAGCAGCGCUCCGAAACUGCACACCCACGCCGACCCCCAUUGAAAAUGUCCAGACAAAACGCAUGGUCCAGCGGCGCAGCUCGACCCAGUCGCAGGUUAAUCCCGUUAGCGGUCGCCGCUCGGCCAGCGUGAGUGGGACGCUGCGCCGCUCCAGUAGCAAUAGUUCGAUGAGCGCACGAACCUUUCGCGACCAGUCCCCCAAUCGCCCAGCUACCAGCUCCGGCCCCGUCGGACCCGGACCUGCACCCAUCGAUGUGCCUCCACUACCUAGUCUCCCGACGAAGUUUGCGCCGCGGAAACUGCCGAACCGACGUGCGAUGAGUAUGGAGCCCUCGAUGCGUUCGCCGCCAUCGUCUCCGCUACGCUCUGGGAUGAGGGGCGUGGGUCGGGAACAUGGGCGAGGGUCUCCGAUUCAGUUAACUACACAUCAACGUAUGACUAGUCUUGGGACCGUUCCAGAAUUGGAACGAUCGACGAGUCGGAAUUCGGUGAAUUUCUCGUACCCCAUGGGCUCGCGACCUACCUCGCCGAUUGCGACGUCUGAGAAUAAUCCGAUGAGCCUCCACGAUGCUAUUCAAGAAUCGAUUGCUGAGGUAUCUGACAAAUUUCCAAAAGGCAAGCCAAGGGCACAACCAUCUGGCAGUCUAGAGGAAAACCCCGUUGCAAACAACUCUGGUCCUUUGGCUGGCAGCGCAGGUGCUGCAGCCCAAGCGGUUAAUGUACCAAAGGAUAGCCGAAGUGCGAAUGGUCGAACUGGGAAGGUGCAAAAUUCGCUUAUAAAGCACGAUCCUCUAGACCAAUAUACUGGUAACGCAGUGCCUGUUGUGGCCAGCGUGGGAAGUGAACACCCAUCAUCCCGAGCUCUUCCUGAGCGAUGGCCAUCCACCGUUCGAGAAGAAGAGCCCGAAGAUGACGGUACGAAUGUCGAAGAUAUCGCCAUACGGCAAGGAAGAGACCGGACGACGAGUGCAUCGCCAACUGCUGAUCACGUAGAGGCAGCGCCAGUGCCCUCAUCGCCCUCGACAGAGCUGCAAAUAGGGCAGAAGCCACACCGUCAGUCCAGCAGCCCAGGUCGAACUGCUCGUUUUUCCAGAUUGCUCUCCGUAGCCGGAGCCGGUGAUCAAGUUCACCAGCCUCUGCCCAGAUCAGUAUCUCCUGUCAAAUCGGCCUUGAAGCACCCAAGGGGAAGCUCUUUAUCGCCUGAUGGGAGGGUUGGGGCAACCGGUCGAGUCCUACCACCGAGCGAGCUAUCAGAUGGUACCUCAGUGGCUUCAGACGAAGGAUCCCGGGUUGACACCAGGAAGAAGCCUGUCAAGGUCAGUUUCGAUGAUGAGGCUGAGGCUGUAAUGGCAGCAGCCAGUCCGCCUACGUCGCCGGAAGAAUAUAUGCCUGAUUCCCCACCCGGCGGUAAGGCCAAGUCUCGUAUGAAUUGGCUUGGUGUUGGCAAGAAGAAGUCGCCCGCGGAGUUUGCGAGCGACGAUGACUGGAAUGUAGUCAUCAAACCCCGCCAAGUUCUUCCAUCUUUCGGUAGUAUUCGGGGGAGCCGAGGCGGUGCCCUUAAGAGGUCGCCAAUCCCAGAUUUCAGUGAUAAUGAGUCCAGCUCUUCGUCUGCAUCUGAUGUGGCGCCAAGGCCGGAUAUCUCGCUUUCAAAUGAAUACUCCCAACCACGCGGUUUGAGCGCUCUGGAGCAGUUGUCUGUCAACGGCACUUUGCAUGCUUCGCAUUCGGAUACCAGCCCAGGGGCCAAACGAGAGGCCAGAGUCGCCGAUGGCAUCACUGAGAAACAGCCGUAUUCCAGCGUGGGCUCGGAAUUAUCUGUGCCUGCUAUUGCUGUCGAGCCUGCUACUCCCCCAGCAGACGAAGCCAAGCAAAGUUUCGACAUGAAGAGAUCUAGCAUAGACCAGUAUAGGAUUCCGGGCGGGUUCCCGCCCUCCGGCUCAAACCGGAGUCUCGAUUCGACUGCGAAGAAGACUAGCACCCAGGCCGUGGCGAGCGCCGUUCCAAAGCUGGACGACGUCGAUACCGAGGAGGAGUCUGGUGAUAGCGUCUACAGCGAUGCAGCGGAAGACUUGGACGGCGAUGGGUUUGGGUCCAUCAAUGCCAUUGUCGACAGCCGGUCAGCCCCUAGGUCAACACCGACUGAGGAGAAUGCGAGCGAAUCUCGGGACGCAACACCGAGGCCUAUCGGUCGAGCCGCCAUCGUGGAUAGUCAAUCACAAGAUGUGACAGAUCAACCACUUGAGGAGGAGCGCUCCGUGACACCGACUCAAGGCUCGGUCAACCGUCUGGAAGAGGGAUCCCCCGCCUCAUCGGUUGGCAAUGGGUUUGGUUCUGCAUACCCGCCAGUGCCAAUCCAGUUGCAAUCUCACAACGCGACUGCUCAAAAUGGCAACGUCCAAGCACAGCCCACCACGCGGACCCGGCCCAUGUCGGUGGAUGUGAAUGGCAAGUCUCAUAUGCAGGAUCCUCGGUGGUCGAGCAACGAUGCUUCUCAUCGAGGUAGCAAGGCCAAACCGCGUCCACUAUCUCUUGGUCCGACUUUCCACAAUUUGCAAACAGGUAUCCCUGGCACUCUCCGCCGGAAAACGUCGAAUGGAAGUGAUUCCUCAAGCAGCUUCAAACGGUCUUCUCCGCGUGGAGAUGCCCACUCCAUGCGACGGACAAUGAGAGCCGGUGCUGCUGGUGCUAACGUUCGAGUCCAAUCUCCAACAGAACGCAACGAGUCUCCCCUUGAACAUCGUCCUCUUUCAUCUGGCUCCUCGAAUGGCACAAUGCGCAAGACUCUCCGAGGACCUACUGGAAGUGAGCGAUAUUCGUUCUUCUCGACGAACAAGAAGGCACCGCCGAGAGCGAAGUUCACCAAGGCGCCCCCUAAGUCGGCGCGCACGACCCGGUUCGCAAAUUCAGAUGGCGAAGAUGAAGCUCGACCCCAGGUCUUCACCAGUCGAUUCGCAGAUUCCAGCGAUGAGGAGGCACCUGGAAACAGUAAUUUACGCCCUGUCCGCGGUAUCCCCCGUCGCCAAGGUGCCGACGACGGUGACUCGACAGAGUUGGAAGAUAGUUCAGAAGAAAGUGCCCGGCAGCAAGCACAGCCAGUGCUUGCAUCCCAGCCAAUGACCUCUUCACCCGGGGCCCGCGGAAAGAACGCACCAACUAUGUCUGGAAUGGCAGCUGUAGCCAAACAACGUGGCAUGUCGCAGAGAGACUUGGAGGAGUUCAUCAUGACGCCUCCCCGUGGUCGGAAGCCAGGACUUCUCACCCGACUUGGCAUCAAGAAACCCAAGAACUCGGAUCAUAGAGUUCGCGAAGCUGAUGUCGAAAUUCCCAUGCGGAGAGACUCACCCCUAGAGCUGGAGGGCAUGGUGAAUGGGAACCACGGCAUCACAACAACCACCGUUUCUGCCGGGAAUCCCGAGCCGACUCGUUCGUCGAAGCUGGUGAAGAGAAACUCUAAACGUCAGUCGACAGGACCAGACUCUUGGCCCCUGCACCCCAGUCCCAAAGAAGAGCCUCUCGAGCCAGUCGCGGAACAGCCAUACAGCGCCCCAUCGUCUUCUCUCCAAACGCAGAACCCCGCGCCGCCAAUAAAUGGUGUAGGCGCAGCAGAAAACGGAAGCACCGUUGUCAAUGGGAAUGGCGCUCACAGUGCAUCUCCGAUUGCGAAGGAGCCCGAGGCACCCCGCGACGGACCAGAUCCGAACAAUGACAGCACCUCUGAAGUCACGAACCCCGAUGACCAUGGGCUUUCGGCGCGCGACGUCGUGAUCGCUGGUUCGGGACGAAAGAAACGAUUUCCUCUUCUUCGGAAGGCAUUCGGUCUGCGCGCUUGA